UCAACAAAUGCCGUGCUAGGGCAAUGUUAAUGUGUUAAUAAAUAAACAUUUACAAAACAACAAACAAUAUAAGCAGAAAUGAGAUGGAGCGAAAAAGAAACGUGUACUUUUGUCAAAUUGUACCUGGAGAAUGAAGCACUUUGGAAUCCCAGAGUUCCAGAGUACAAAUCAAAACCAGAAAGGCACAAAGCCUAUACAAAGAUUAUAUCAGAUUUUCGAGCUGCUACGGGAAUGCCUUUAACGGAACCUGAAGUGAGAACGAAGAUUAAGAACUUGAGAUCCACCUACAUCCAGGAGGUCAAUAAAAUACGUAAGCGUUCUAGCCCGGACUCCGUUUUCAAGCCUUCGAUCAAAUGGUUCUAUGCUUGGCAUAAACAUUUUAGCAAGAGGCACAGAAUAAAUUUGGACGGUUUAGAUGAUACAUUUUUGAAUCAUGACAAAGAAAUUGACGAAUCAUGUCAAAAAAUAUGGGUCAAUCCAGAUGAAGUAAAUGAUAAUUCCAACCCUGACCCCUUCGAGUCCGAGCAAGACUUCCUGCUAGUCCUCAAACCAGAACCAGGAGAAGACAUAAAACAAGAAGCCUCAAGUUCAUGCAAAGUAAAGAAGAAAAAAUUCAAACACCGCCACAGUACCGAUCAGUCCGACAGGUCAUACAGAAACAGCAUAGAUGAAGCCAAAGAGGACGAAUUUGAUAUUUAUGGGAAAUUCAUAGCGUCACAGUUGAGGAAAAUGAAUUUGCAGAAAGCGCUGCGGUUACAGCUGGAGAUUCAGAGUUUAGUCAGUGAGGCGAGGAUUUCAGAUAUUACGGAACAUUGAAAUAUAGAAAUUAAUUUUUAAGGUUAUUGAUUUUGUUGUUUUUGCCCACAAUUGUUUCCAAAGACAGGGUAACAAGUGACAUUUUAAGUUCAUCAUUUUGUGGUGGUCCUUGGACAAAAAAUGUAUUUUUGUUUCAUUAAAUGAUGAAAUGUGUAGAAAACUUCUUCAAUGUCUGCCAGUUCAUAUUAAGUAAUUUUGCCAUUUAUUUAUUUUGAUUAUGAAGAUAAAAAAUUGACAAAAUUAUUUCUUAUAUUUUGUAUUAUUACAGGAAAUGAAACUUACAGUUAUAAAAUACGAUACAACAUGCCUACGAUGGAGUGAGCUCGCCCAAAAGAUCACUGUUUGAUGAUUUCUUUUGCAAAAAUAUGAAUUUAUUUUUGUAGUAAUUUCACUAUCAGUAACUUGCAAUGGCACAUCAAUCUAUAGUUUGAUAAUUUUCACCAAAGGACCAGUUUUCAAGUACAAGAAAAAAUAAAAUAAAACUCAAAAUAACGGAGAUGGCUGGUCCAAGAAUUUUACAGAUAGUGCCAGCAUAGGGUUUGUACCUGUCCAUCAUGCAAUACUACUGUUUUCAUAUUACUUUUAUUUUUAUAUUUCAUACCCUGAAUGAUAGAGACCUCUUAGGAUCUCAUAGGACAUAAUUAGAUACAGGUAAUACCUAUAUUGCUGGCGCAAUCUGCCGAAAUUUUCCGACUCCAAUGUAAAAUGUAUACUGUCUUAAAAUUAUAAGGAUAAAUAAAUAUAAGAAAAAGUCAUGUAGCAAGUCUGAUCUUUUAUUGCUGUUACAGCCUCUGUUUAUAAUAUAAACAAACAUAGCUUACGUUUCACUAGUGAAAAUCCAGAUUUCCUGAAUGUACCAAUUUAUUGUACCUACAUUCUCACAUUUGUCCUAGAAAUGUAUGACAAAAUAUACAGAUGUCUGCUGCAGAUCGGUUUCAGUACGAGAGUCCACGUCAAUUAUAUCUAUAACUAAAUUAAGUACUUCAAUUUUCACAAAUUACGAGUUCAGUAAAACAAAACAAAUUAUGGAAGCCUUACGGCUGAGCAUGGUUUAAAAAACUAACCAUCUAAAAACUUAAGUUAUAAAUAUUUAACGUUAAAAAUCGAUUUACACCAACUUUUUCUUGGACAACUUUAUAGUGUAGAUCGAUAUUUAACUUAGACUAGAGAAGACCACAAUCUUUAUUUCAACAAUCUCAAAAAUAAUACUAACAACAUUUCAUUACAAUCCGAUUGAGUCCAAUGUGCGUUUAUCGUAGUAGAAACUUUGGCAAUGAUUAUCGAGUUCAACCCUCGUGUGGAAAGUUGUUGACACUGAAUAUUCUGGGUGCCACUGCCAAUGAAAGGGUGUUUUAUCUUAAUUAUUACCUCUUAAUUAUUUACUCUUUAAUUGUUAUUUGCCUGCUUUUGCUCUCCUGGUUUACAGUUAGUAAUUAAGCUAGGAACAUACUACGCGGACGUCCGCGGUCGCGCGACCGCGACCGAUCAGUGUGCACGGUCUUCGAGACGUGGCUUCGGCUGACCAAAAUAUCCAGUGAGCCAGAUUUCGAUCGGACGCCCGUGCGCUCAAGGCCACGUCCACGACCGACGACCGAUAGUUUGCACGGUUAAGUGUAUAUUGAUUGUCUAGAUCCGCGUCCGCGUAAUAUGUUCCUAGCUUUAGGCGGGGUCCACAGUGUCCACACUGACCGAGCAGCAAUGCCUCGCGCGCAAAACGUCCAUGCUCGAGCGAACACGUUUGCCUCGCCCGAGCCAAUUUGCGCGGGAAGAUGGCGGCCCUCAGGCAGCUGUUCAAAAUUCAACUUGCUUAAAAAAUAAGAACUUUGAC